AUGGCGUAUAUUUCAACAACAUUUCCAUCGAAUCAGUGGAUUAUAGAUUCACAUCUUAUACAAGAACGUGCAUCAUUUCCUGCAAUAAGCACUCAAAACGGAGACAUACUAGUGUGCGGAGGCUAUAUUGAAUACGAGCGUUACCUUGAAACAGACUCAUCAUGUGAAAUCUAUUCGUCGUCAAACCGAGAAUGGCGCACAGUUACCGAUCUGAAUGUAGGACGAAUUGGACAUACUCUCACGUUGCUCCCAAAUGGUAGAAGCAUAUUAACUGUCGGUACUAUGGAUAAUAUUGAUGGUUGUACAGCAGAGAUAUAUGAUAUACAGACAGAUAAGUGGGCAUUUGUACCAAAUAUCAUGAAUAUACUUAGAGCGAAACAUACGGCGACACUUUUACGAAAUGAUCAGGUAUUGAUUGUUGGCGGAUCAAUUGCAUUCACCGGUAUCAGCUCUUGUAGCGUUCAGCUUUAUAUUGCAUCGUCAAAUACGUUUAUUACCACAGGCAGUUUGAAUACAUGUCGAUAUGAUCAUACGACAAUAUUGUUGAGCGAUGGACUCUCAGUACUGGUUAUUGGUGGACGACACUCAAUACAUGAUAUUAAUGGUCCUCCUCACAUCUCGAUGCCAACAGAAAUUUACAUAAACGGUUUCUGGUCCUACAUUGUAGGUGACAUGAUUAGCAAACGCUCUCACUUUGCAGCUGUAUUGUUGUCUGAUGGAAAUGUAUUAGUGGCUGGUGGUAUCGAUUCAAGUAAAAACGCAACGUCGACUGUUGAGAUAUAUAAUUCAACCACCGAAACAUUCUCACUUGUUCAACCAAUGGCGUGUGCACGUUCACAUUUUACACUUACACGUUUACCAUCGGGUCAAGUAUUGGCAGUAGGAGGAAAAAGUUCCACGACAAAUAACUGCUUACGCUUCUCUGAAUUGUACGAUCCAAAUAAAAAUCAAUGGAAAAGUGAUCGUCUGUUGAAUAAUAUUCGCUGGGGUCACAAUGCCAUUCUUCUCAAUCAUAGUGUAUUAAUUAUUGGUGGCUCUGCUAGAGAACAAAAUGGACUUAUACGCGCUUGUGAGAGAUAUGAUCUAUAA